AUGACCGUAACCAACUUUGUGAAGCAAACCAGCUUUCCUGUUGGCUAUGCUCCCGCCCAUAUCACAAAAUGGAGAUCCGCACGUACAGGGCUUCAGCUCACGUAUAUUGAUCAACCUUCGCCGAUGGUGAAUGGCUACUUUGCAGUGGCCACAGAAAUCGAAAAUGAUUCGGGGUGCCCCCACACCUUGGAGCAUCUCAUCUUCAUGGGUUCCCACAAAUAUCCGUAUAAAGGGCUCCUAGAUAGUCUUGGAAACCGGUUUUUUUCGUCUACAAACGCUUGGACGGCAGUUGACCAGACGGUGUACACUCUCACCACCGCCGGCUGGGAAGGGUUCAAGACACUCUUACCGAUCUAUUUGGACCAUUUAUUCCGCCCCACAUUAACAGACGAAGCAUGUUUGACGGAGGUCUACCACAUAGACGGCAAUGGCCAAGAAAAAGGGGUGGUUUUCAGUGAAAUGCAAGGCAUCGAAUCGCAGCUGUGGUUCAUUUCUUUCUUGGAAAUGCAGCGGUCGCUCUACCGGGAGUCGUCUGGUUACUCCUCCGAGACAGGAGGGUUGAUGUCUGAGCUCCGGAAGUUGACAAACAACGAUAUCCGUCAAUUUCAUCAAGAAAAUUAUCGUCCCGAUAACCUUUGUGUGGUGGUUACAGGCUCGGUAGACCAACAGGAACUUCUCGAAAUUAUGGACCAAAUUGAUAGCGAGCUCCCUACGUUGGAGACUCCUAACAAAAGACCGUUUGUAGAUUCUGUCCCUGACGAGCCAUUGCAGAAAACUGUCGUCAAAGAAGUACUUUUUCCUGAUACCGACGAGUCCAUGGGUGAAGUUCUCGUAUCGUGGAUUGGGCCUGUAGCCAGUGAUACUUUGCUCAAUGUUGCAAUUGAUCUUCUUGGCUCCUACUUCAGUGACAGUGCCAUUUCCGUGUUCAACAGAGCUUUAAUUGAGAUAGAAAAUCCUUUGGCUACCGAUGUGGAUUACAGUACCAACGACUAUGUUCGCACCGGUAUAAUCUUUUCGUUUAGUGGAGUUCCCACAGAAUCUCUUCGAGACCUAGACUACAAGAUCAAAGAGUUGAUCAAGCACCAUUCCAAACCCGAGAACUUUGACUUGAACUAUGCUAGAGAACUUAUCCAUCAGCAGCGACUCAAGUUUAUCUCCAAGUGCGAAAAGAGUGCUUCGACGUUUUCCAACAUUACAAUUGAAGAGUUUAUCUAUGGCAAUGUGGACGGGUCUGACUUGAGCAAGUGGACCCAAGACUUGAAGGAAUAUGACGUCUUGGCCGGCUGGACCGCAGAAGAUUGGGCCAAGGUAAUUCAUGACCAACUUGUGGUGAACCAUCUGGUGACGAUUCUUGGAAAGCCGUCGGCGCAGUUGACUGAGACUCAAAAUCGUGAAAAUAAGAAGAUAGCAGACGACAUAUUGGCAAAAUACGGCAAAGAUGGUCUAAAGAAACUAGGCGAAAUCCUCAAGCAUGCUCAAGAACACAACGACAGAGAAAUUCCUUCAAGUGUGUUGACUCAGUUUGGUCAACCUGACCCAGAAAAGAUUUCUUUCAUUACCACACAAUCGUACAGAGGUGGCUUGAAUAAGCUUGAAGGUCCCUAUGAGGACGACUCUCUUGCACAGAGUAUUUCCAAAGAUACACCUGCUGAAUUUCCAUUGUUCAUGCAUUUUGAACAGUUCAAAUCUCAAUUCACCACUGUUCACCUCGUGAUGCCGUCGUCGUUUAUCGACACCAAAUUGCUAAGAUACAUGUCUGUGCUUGAGGAGAUUUUCACAUUACCUAUCAGACUUCCCGACGGAACCAUCUUGCCGUACAACGAAGUGAUAUCUGAGCUCAACAACGACUUUAUAGACUUUGAGUUGGACAACGGUUUUGACAAUCAGUUCCAAGAAUUGAUAACAGUGAAGGUGAAAUUUGAAGUCAAGAACUAUGAGAAGGCGAUUUCGUGGCUCAUCAACGUUAUGAAGUAUGCUAUUUUUGACAAAAAUAGGGUCAAAAUUAUACUUGAAAAACUCGUCAAUUCCAUUCCUGAUGAGAAACGCAGUGGUGAACUUAUGAUGUAUUCGUGUCAAUCCAGAACCUUGUUCAAUGACAGGUCGUUGAAGAAAGCCCAAGACUGUAUUCUGAACGAACAGUUUUACAAGGGCUUGUUGGCGAAGAUCGAGGACGAUGAGUUUGAUGAAAUCGAGAAGGAUUUGAACAAAUUGAGAACUCAAUUAUUCGAUUUGAACGGAAUGAAGUUAUUUGUUCUUGGCAAUUGCACAGAUUUGAAAGCACCUGUUUCAUCCUGGAACAGAUUUGUGCAAGAGUUCAAACUGGACAAGGUGCAACCUAUUGAGUUCAGCGACUUGCCUCGUUCUUUCAAAUAUAAAUCGGAAAUCGGUGAGAAAAUGGCAGACAGAGCGUACAUUGUGACAACUCCAGCAACAGAGUCUACGCAUCUCAUUGUGUCCACGGGCAUUCCCACCGACUAUUUGCACGAGGAUGUCUUCAAGAUUGCAUUGGCAAGUGAGUUUUUCACCGCAGUGGAGGGUCCAUUUUGGCGCGGUAUAAGAGGAACCGGUUUGGCGUAUGGAGCGAGUAUCAGACGAGAUUUGGAAUGUGGAACAUUAUCGUUCAUCAUAUACAGAGGAGCCGAUGGCGAAGGAGCAUGGAAAACUGCCAAAGACAUCAUUCACGAAUAUGCGUCGGAAAAGUUGCAAUUUGACAAAAUCAACAUAGAAAAUAGUAUUGCAGCCAUUGUCAAUGCUUUGGCAGAUGGAGAGUCCAGCAGCUACGACGCCGCCAGUUCCAAGAUUGCCGACAACAUAUUCAAGCACAGGGGCCCUGAGUAUGUCAAGUUCUUCUUGAGGAAGCUUAGAACCAUCACCAGCAACGAACUUGUGGAAAUCACCAAAAAGUACUUUAUACCAAUGUUCGACAGCCGUCACUCGGUGGUGUUUACAUGUGUUCCUCCGUCCAAAUCGUCUGAUUAUGAAAAGUUUUUUGCUUCGCAGGGAUACGACGUUGUAAUUGAGGAGAUAGCUGCCGAUCUGGACUACGAAAGUGGUAGCGAAGGUAGCGAGAGUGAGAGUGAAAGUGAACUGGAAUAG